AUGGAGGGGCUCUUGCAUUACAUAAAUCCAGCACAUGCCAUUUCACUUCUAAGCACACUGAACGAGGAGCGUCUAAAGGGACAGCUGUGUGAUGUUGUUCUCAUUGUAGGAGAUCAGAAAUUUCGAGCUCAUAAGAACGUUCUGGCUGCCAGCAGUGAAUACUUCCAGACUCUGUUCACAAAUAAGGAGAAUGAGUCUCAGUCAGUGUUUCAACUUGACUUUUGUGAGCCAGAUGCUUUUGAUAAUGUGUUAAACUACAUUUAUUCUUCAUCCUUGUUCAUUGAGAAAGGCAGUCUUGCAGCUGUGCAAGAAUUGGGCUACAGUCUUGGAAUAUCCUUUCUUACAAACAUUGUUUCUAAGAGUCCUCAAGCUCCUUUUCCUGCUUGCCCUAUGAAGAAAAUACUCUAUCAAGAUGAAGAUGAAAGUAGUUCUCAGAAGAGAAGUGUCAUUGUCUGUCAGAACAGAAUUGAAGCACAAGUGAAAAGUAUAAAUCAAACACAACAUGAUUUAAGCCAUACUUCUAAACCUUCAUCCUCUGUUGCUGUCAAAACUAGCAGUAGACCACAAGUAACAAAACCAACUGAAGCCCUUCACAACUUAUCACUGACUGAAAGGAGAUGGUUGAAAGAAAGCCCUGUGAGCUAUACCAAGGUUCAUGAAACUUCUGGAACUGUGGAGGAUCAGAGCCGAGGUGGUUUACUGAAAAGGAAUACAGUACUGCCUCAGAUGCCUUUAGCAGAAAAAGAAAUUGCAAGCGAUGAACCAGGAAGCAGUGGUCAGCUUUUAAGAGGAAAGGCUGCAGAGAUGUCAUUAAAAAGAUCGCGUCCACCAGUCUUGUCUCUGCGCGGCACAUCAGAAUCUACGUUUUUGUUGCGAGAGGCAGGAAAAGGAAGUGGUCAAGGUGAAGACAGGAAUUUACUAUACUACUCAAAGUUAGGGCUAGUAAUUCCAUCUAGUGGAUCUCGUCCAGAAAACCAAAGUAUUGACAGAAGUGGGCCACUUGUAAAAAGUCUCCUUCGAAGAUCACUGUCCAUGGACAGCCAGGUUCCCAUUUACUCACCUUCUGUUGACCUAAAACCUUCACAGGUGUCAUCAUCCUCCUCACCAGGAACUAAUGAUUCCCAGAAGACAUUUACUGUUGUAUCUCAAAAGUCAUCGUUGAAAGAGUCAUCAGAGAAAUUAGUCGCAGAUGAAAAGCCACAGGUAAUACACCCACAUCGCCUUAGGUCUUUCAGUGCCUCUCAGUCAACCGAUAGGGAGGUUGCUUCUCCUCUCACAGAGAUGCGAAUAAAAACUGAACCUAGCAGUCCACUUUCAGAUCCUGCUUAAAUAAUAAGAGUUACAGUGGGUGAUGCUUCAGCAUUGACAAAUAAAGACUUUCCUUUUAAAACUGAGGAUGAUCAUAAGGAGCCAAGUAGACUUCCAGCAAAAAGGAGAUUUCAAGCUGAUAGAACACUACCAUUCAAGAAACUGAAGGCAGAUGAGCAGGGUUCUCCUGGGUCAGAAGAUAACUUUGAGGAAAGCUCAAGCCCUACACACCUUGAUGCUGAUUUUCCUGAUUCUGAUGUCAGUAAAGAUGAAUACAGUGAGUUGGAAGAAGCAAGACCAAAUAAGAAGUUUAAAUGCAAGCACUGCCUUAAAAUUUUCAGGUCAACAGCAGGUCUUCAUCGUCAUGUGAACAUGUAUCAUAAUCCAGAGAAGCCCUAUGCUUGUGAUAUAUGCCACAAGAGAUUUCACACUAAUUUCAAAGUGUGGACGCACUGCCAGACACAACAUGGAAUUGUGAAGAAUCCCUCCCCAGCUUCCAGUUCUCAUGCUGUUUUGGAUGAAAAAUUCCAAAGAAAACUGAUUGAUAUAGUGAGAGAGAGAGAAAUUAAGAAAGCUCUAAUCGUUAAACUAAGACGUGGCAAGCAAGGUUUUCAGGGACAGUCUGCUUCACAAGCACAACAAGUCAUCAAAAGGAAUUUAAGAUCAAGAACCAAAGGAGCCUAUAUUUGUACCUACUGUGGGAAAGCGUUUCGUUUCCUCUCACAGUUUAAGCAGCACAUAAAAAUGCAUCCAGGGGAGAAACCAAUUGGAGGAAACAAGGCUCUUAAGCAGAAAGAUCAUAUUCAUAUUGAAAGUCCAGUAGAAAACAAAGAGGUUUAUCAGUGCCGUCUUUGCAAUGCUAAGCUCUCUUCACUUAUUGAACAGGGAAAUCAUGAGCGACUCUGUAGAAAUGCUACUGUCUGUCCUUACUGCAGCCUUAGAUUUUCUUCUCCAGAGCUGAAGCAUGAGCACGAAAGCAAGUGUGAGUACAAGAAGCUUACUUGUCUUGAGUGUAUGCGUACCUUUAAAUCAUCCUUUAGUAUUUGGCGUCAUCAAGUUGAAGUUCAUAAUCAAAACACAAUGGCUCCAUCAGAGAACUUUUCUUUACCGAUCCUGGAUCACAAUGGCGAAAUAACUAGUUCAUCAAGAUUGCCUCCUCAGGCAGAAUCCAAUAAAAUGAACAAUUUUGUUACUGCAAAGGAAGAUGGUGUAUUCAGUGAUUCAUCGGAACAAAUAAAUUUUGAUUCUGAAGACUCCUCAUGCCUACCUGAAGACUUGAGUGUUUCCAAGCAGUUUAAAAUUCAGAUCAAAGAAGAGCCUGCAGAUGAUAUAGAGGAUGAGGUCACUGAAACGAGCAGAGAGCCUAAGGAAGUAGUCUCCAAUAAAGAUGCUGGUUUGUGGCCCUGUGAAAAAUGUGGGAAGAUUUUCACUGUACGCAAACAGCUGGAGCGUCACCAGGAGCUCCUGUGCUCUGUGAAGCCAUUUAUUUGUCACGUGUGUAACAAGGCCUUCCGAACCAACUUCCGGCUCUGGAGUCACUUCCAGUCUCAUAUGUCACAGGCUGCAGAGGAGUCUACAAAUAAGGAGCCUGAGAUAUGUCCACCAGCUAAUUCCCCAUCGCCCCCACCCUUACCUCCCCCCCCACCCCUCCCUAAAAUCCAGCCUUUGGAGCCUGAUAGUCCAACAGGCUUAUCUGAAAGCUCCACUACUACUGAAAAAUUGUUUGUACCACAGGAGUCAGAUACACUCUUCUAUCAUGCUCCACCACUCUCAGCAAUCACUUUCAAAAGACAAUACAUGUGUAAACUCUGUCAUAGGACUUUCAAGACUGCUUUUAGUCUUUGGAGCCAUGAACAGACACACAAUUAGCUUUAACAGAUACCUUUAAAAGCUGUUUCAGUGGAGGCUGUGUUCAGGAUCUCAGAUGUAUGCCAUAUAAACUGGAAAUUUAAGAAGAUCAAACUGAUGACAAGGAUGACAAAAAUUUGGAAUCUGUGAUGCUGCUUGGAUUUGAAGAUUAAGGUAAACUGACUUGGUUAGUAGGUAGAAGGCAGAGUAAUUUAAAAUACCGUGGUCUGGGAUCUAAUAGUAACAGAAUAAUUUUUAUUUCAUUUAACACUGAAAUAUGAUCACAUCUGGAUUGUAUGCAUGGAUCUUCAUCCUGUGAUGGUGUAUGCGUGUGUAUUAUAUAUAAAGUUAUAUAUUAAAUGAAAGAGCAACAACAAUUUGGA